CAGUUUGCUUCUGAGAUUAUAAAAGCCGGUUGCGAACGAGCAGCCCAAGCUCAAAAUCGUUCUGAUAAUGCUGAGAGUAACAAUUCUACUGGUCGCGCUGCACGGCGCUCUUCAAGCAACGCCACAGUUGAAUAAGUGCUCCGGUGGUGACAUCUGUGUACCUAUUGUACAAUGCCCAAAAUUUGGGUCUGAUCCACCUAUCACGUGGACACCGGCGGUACAGGACGAGUUUGAAAAGCGAGUGUGUGAGCAAGAAACCAAUAGUGUUAAUAGGACGAUAUACAAGGUAUGUUGCGAACCACCGGCUUCCGGCGAACCGAGCGAUGGUCGCAAGCGUGGCUUAGCAUUGCUUGACCUCAAAGGCUGUGGGAUGAACCGAAUGCACAGCAACGAAUCUGUGGAAAAUAAUGGCACUCUUGGGCAGCUGCCUUGGACGGCAUUGCUAAAAACGAGCAGCGGGGAGUUCGCCUGUGCUGCUAGUCUAAUCAGUGAACGCUACGUGCUGACGGUUGCUCACUGUAUAAAGAAUAGAAACGUGACGUUUGUGCAGCUUCGAAAGAAGGAUUGUGAUGAGCAGGGCAUGUGUACACUGGCACCGCAAGACAUCCCCGUCGAGCGUGCCAUCGCACACGAUGGCUUCAGUGCCCGGAGAAAACUGAACGACAUUGCCUUGGUCCGUUUGGCACAGAACGUUUCGUUCAAUAACGAUGUGCUCCCGAUCUGUUUGCCAGUGGCUCCCGAAUACCAGCCAGCAGGAUCGAAUUACUUCACUGCUCGAGAUGGGCAGGAUUACGCUUCACUGAACACCGACACGAUCUCGAUCACGGAAGUUCAUCCACUGACGACUGAAAACUGUGAGAAUCGGUUACAAGAGCUGAUUAAAAGGCAACACAAGAUCCAGGAAUCUCAUAUCUGUGGGUACGAAGCGGGCAGCUUCGAUGGGUGUGCUACCAGCGCCGGUGGACCACUGGUAGCGCUGGACCGCUUCGGACGUAACGUGCAGCACGGGGUGGUUUCCUAUGGAGUUCAAGAUUGCUCUUUAGAAAAUGUACCCUCCGUGUACACCAGGGUGGAAAGCUUCAUCAAUUGGAUAUUGCACAAUCUCGAAGAGUGAUCGUACGAUUGCUCCUUUGCAUUGUUCUAACCGCUCCUUUUAUUACACCGUUUGGCUAUAAAAUGUAAGUCGAUGAAUGAUAUUGGCGAUUUUUAGCGUUGUGAAUAAAAUCAACAUUGUGCAACAUCGCGACAGAGUGAAA